CGUGUGAGCGAGCGCCGGACUGACAACAAAAGCGCGUGCGCUCAGCUGAAAAGCUCCACUCACACGAGCGGACGCUCAGACAGAACUAUGCGCCAGCGGAAUACGUCCAUUUAGGUAUAAUUGCGUAAGAACACACAGCUUCCCCUGGCCUGCGUGGUUCUCCAGGGACACUGCAAGACGCGUUUGCCUCACUGUCCGCCGUUUACAGAGACACAGUCGUCAUCAAUGAGGACAUUAGGAAUGGCUGUGUUCAAGCAACAAAAAGUGGAGGAUUUCUAUGAUAUUGGAGAAGAACUGGGAAGUGGACAAUUUGCUAUUGUAAAAUGCUGUAAGGAGAAAAGCACGGGAGUGGAGUACGCCGCAAAGUUUAUAAAGAAGCGUCUCAAUCGGGCGAGCCGGAGGGGCGUGCGACGAGAGGAGAUCGAGAGGGAGGUGGACAUCCUUCAGGAGCUUCAACACCCCAACAUCAUCUCAUUACAUGACGUCUUUGAGAACCGCACUGACGUAGUGCUCAUCCUAGAGCUAGUAUCUGGAGGCGAGCUCUUUGAUUUCCUUGCCCAGAAGGAAUCACUGAGUGAAGAGGAAGCUACAGAAUUCAUCAAACAGAUCCUUGACGGAGUUCAGUACCUGCACUCCAAGAAAACUGCACAUUUUGACCUGAAGCCUGAGAAUAUCAUGCUGCUGGACAACAAUGUCGAAAAGCCCCGAAUCAAGCUUAUCGACUUCGGUUUGGCGCACAGGAUCAAGGACGGAGUGGAUUUCAAGGACCUUUUUGGUACCCCAGAAUUUGUCGCUCCAGAGAUCGUCAACUACGAGCCGCUGGGAUUAGAGGCCGACAUGUGGAGCAUCGGAGUCAUCACAUACAUCCUAUUAAGUGGGGCAUCGCCAUUCCUCGGCGACUCCAAGCAGGAAACUCUCGCAAGCAUUUCAGCAGUGAACUAUGAAUUUGACGAGGACUUUUUUGGAAACACAAGCGAGCUGGCCAAAAGUUUUAUCAGGCAACUGCUGGUCAAGGAUAAGAGAAAGAGACUGAAGAUAAAUGAUGCUCUCAAUCACCCGUGGAUAAAGCCUUUAAAUCCAAGACAAGCCUUGGUGCGACGACAAUCUGUGGUCAACAUUGAGAACUUCAGGAAACAGUACGCCCGGAGAAGGUGGCAGUUUUCUUUCAGAAUCGUAGCCCUUUGCAACCACUUGACACGCAUGAUGAAAAAAAAACCUCCCAAACCACAGGACAAACCCAAAAUGGGCUACGUAGGCCGUGCGGUGGCCAUGUUUGAGAGAGAGUGUGAGAGCGAUCAAGAGGAGGAAGUGAUGCUGAGGAGACCCACAACCAGAAAGAGGAGUAGCACUUCCUGAAACCUCACUCUUCAUUACACAUCUACACAGCACAAGCGUCACAGCUGCUGGUUUCCAGGAGAAUCAGUGGCACGUGUGCCUUUGUUGCACACAUUUUACAUAGUUUAAAAGGGCAAUCGGUAAUAUGAACGUUGCUUGUUUACUUUCCUAGAGAGGAUUAUGUGAGUAAGUCACGUCUGAAAACGUGCAACAAGUGCAAUUGUGCCACAUAUAGAGAAAAAUAUUUUUAAUGUUGGCUGCUUGUUUGUGUAUUCGUGUACAUAAUGGCUCUGGGGAGAGUUUACUGGCUAUAUUUUACCUGUACAAUGUUGUAUUAUGUAUCAGAGAAAUACAACUUUGCCACUUUGCCUUCAAUCUUCACAAAAUGCGGUCAUAACCAGUGGCUGUUGUCUUAAUGUGUGCCAUAACAUUUUGCAUUCCUAUACUGCAACUUAUUCAAAAGUCUGUAGAGCGGGUGCAGGAUAGAUAUGUCCAACUUAAUUCUUAAAGUGUAUUAUAUAUAAUGUUAGUCGUUUUCAUAAAUCUUGAUAAUAGGAUAUUUGAUAAUAGCUCAAUUAUUAAGUCUGUAUCAACAAAGACUUGUUCACUUUACGUUUAUAAAACAAUAAUGACGGGGAUUACGAUGUCCUUCAUUUCGAGUGCAAAAGUGUUAUUGAAAUCUGGGCAGUAAUAGUGCUAUUGUACUUCAUGGCAUGUUUAAGGCAGCACAAAGUAUAUCACCAUCAUUUUAUAAUAAGUUUUUGAUUUUUCUUGAAUAUUUUUCAUUUAAGUUACAGGUAUUUGAAGUAUUACAAUUACAAGUUUAAAUUCACUUAACAGUAAAGAUACUUUAGUACAGUGACUAAUUUACAGUAUCAUAUGCAGAUUGUUUUUGUUGUAUAGUGCCUCACACCACAAUGUGAUUUGAAUUGUGUUGGUAUGAACUCUGAUAAGCAUACAAAGAAAAAUACACAAAAACGUGUCAUUGGCCAUAAUCUGUGGCAUGUGCGCUACAGACGUGACCAUCAGGAAAAUAAGAUGUUUUGUUUUGAAUGGGUUUUGUGAUGGGUUGUAAUUCUUUGUGUAAGGUUCUCAGAGGGGUGGACAUUUUCUCACAUCAAUUUAUUUUGUGAAAAGAAAAGGAAUGUACACAGUUUAAUAUUAACAAUGCAUAUUUGAACAAGCGCAUUUAAGUGUUGUUGUUUACUUGUAUAAACAGAAUUAAGCCUAUCGCAUGUUUAUAUCCACCUGUAUUUCAUUACUUACAUCACAUGAUUGAAUGAGUGACGAUAGAAGACUACAAUAUUGUUUACAAAUAUAUUCUGCCACAUUUUCUGAAAUGGAAAAUCAUUGUAAAGUGCGCCUCAAGAUCCAUCACGUCUGUUCAUUUUAAGACUAGAUGUAAGGACACUUGUGUUGUUCUUAACCAAAGUAAACUCAAAGUUUACUGGAGUUGCCCCUUUUGUACAAAAAGUAAUAAAUGAUCAAUAUAUU